AUGUCUUCGCAUCUAUCACCAUUCGGUGGUAAAAACCCUGACGACCUCCUCGCCCCAUCCCCAACUCCGACCCACACCGCCGAUCACCAUGCAGCAACCGCCGCUAGAGAUCCGACCAAGAAGCACGAGCCAAGUUCUUCGUAUCUGAAAGAUCUAAAUCUAGUUGCUGAAGCUGCAAGACGGGCACAGAAUGCUCUGCUAGCUAGGGAUUUUGAGAAUUGUUCUAUAGACAAGCGGUAG